GCGGGGCCGUGGCGACCAGCCUCGUCUCCGGCGACCCCGCGUCCCGUGCGCCCCGCCUCCCCGAGCCAUGGGCGCACAGCCCCCCAACUUCUCCUGGGUGCUCCCGGGCCGGCUGGCGGGGAUGGCGCUGCCGCGUCUCCCCGCCCACUACCAGUUCCUGCUGGCGCAGGGCGUGCGGCACCUGGUGUCGCUGACGGAGCACGGGCCCCCGCACGGAGACCGGUUCCCCGAGCUCGCCCAGCACCGCCUGCGCGUCCCCGACUUCUGCCCGCCAGACCCCCAGCAGAUCGACCGCUUCGUGCAGAUCGUGGACCAGGCCAACGCGCGGGGAGAGGCCGUGGGAGUGCACUGUGCCCUGGGCUUCGGUCGUACUGGCACCAUGCUAGCCUGUUACCUAGUGAAGGACCAGGGCUUGGCUGCAGGAGACGCCAUCAGUGAGAUUCGUCGCCUGCGACCUGGAUCCAUAGAGACCUACGAGCAAGAGAAAGCAGUCUUCCAGUUCUACCAGCGAACAAAAUAAGGGGUCUUGAAAUGAGGGGUCUCGGAAGUCUUCUACUAGCACCUCAGCCCCCUAUUCUAUGUGGGGCAUGCGGCCAGAGAGGAAGGAAAGUGAAAUACUAAGCCCUCCAGCUUGCAUUGCUCCCAUUGGACUGAAGUAGGCAGCCCCGCCUAGCAGGCAGGUCCCAAAUGAAAAAAUGGCUGCGACCCCAUGGAAGUGAAAAGAACGGGACCCUGUGCUGCUUCCUUGAAUAAAGGAUUUGUCCAGCUCACACUGGACAGCACUUUACAAAGCACUCUCACACAUCAAUUUAAGCUUCAUGCUAGCUCUGUGAUGUGGGAAUGGCAAAAAAAAAAAAAAAAUCCCUGUUCUUUGGAUGGGUUGGCUAAGGCUCAGAGAGGUGCCAAGAUCAUACUUCUAGAAAGGACUGUGACAUGUAUCUUUAGCCUCUAAAAGAUGCUGGAAUUCUCUGCACCUGUUCCCUGAUGCUAUUUGAUAUGGUUUGUGGGGAAAUGGCCAGUGAAAAGAAUGCAAGUUCCUGGCUGCCAAGCUUUCUUGAAUCUCCAGAUCUCUGCUUCUUCCUGGCCAGGAGGACCUCUGUGAAUGUCACCCCUGGGUGGAGAUCCACUUGCCCCACAUGUGUCACCCUUAUCCCUCUCACAACAACGGAGGAAGCUUAGGUGUUUAGCUCGUAGAUGAGAACUGUCUACACUUCUCCAGGGCUGCCUAGCUCACGUGGUUCUUCCAUCUUGCCAUGCUGUCCUCCGCAUCAGACCAAAAAGUGCUGGAGCUGCACGACUGGUUACUCAGAGGGGUGAAUAUUCAUUCAUUAAAUAAAGACUGGUAGGGCUGUGAA